AUGACCACCCAGACGAUACUACAACCAGCAGUCGCAUCCCACUUGCAUGGCUUGGACCAACUGUCUUUCCAGCAUGGCCGAAUUACCUUACCACCCAAUCCGUUCAACCAGAAGACCAUGAAGUUACACGGAACAGUUGCCCCUCCCCCGACACCACAGCCAACAGCAAACCCAAAGCAGCUAGUGAGAGACCCAGGCCUUCUUGUGGUCUCCAAUCGCAUGCCCGUCAGCGUCAAGCGCACUGCCGAGGGAAGUUACCGACUCGACAAGCCAUCAGGUGGUCUUGUGACUGGACUCAGUGGCAUCGACAAAGGAGCCUCCUUCAGCUGGUACGGAUGGCCUGGCCUCCCUGUGCCAGAAGAGGAGCUCCAGGACCUGAGAAGCGUUCUGAAGGAGCAACACCAUGCCGUUGCUAUUCCGCUGGAUGAUGACUUAGCAGACCUGCAUUAUAAUGGAUUUUGCAACUCGACGCUCUGGCCACUGUUUCAUUACGAGGGCUGCUUUAGUUACAAUCGCGGCGAUUGGGAGGCCUACCAAAGGGUUAACCAAAUUUUCGCCGAUCGACUUGCAGCAGACUGCGUAGAUGGAGAUGUCGUCUGGGUCCACGACUACCACCUCAUGUUGGUGCCUGAAAUGCUGCGCAAGCAUGGCCUCUUGUUCAACAAAAAGAUCACCAUCGGGUUCUUCCUGCACACUCCAUUCCCAGCCGGCGAUCAUUUUAAGAUCCUUCCGACAUGCAAGGAACUUCUAGCUGGAGUUCUUGGGAGCGACAUGAUUGGCUUCCAUACCGCAAGUUACGCCAAAAACUUUAAGGCGACAUGUACGAGCAUUUUGGGUCACAAGAUCAGUCACAGCAAAGUGUUCCUCGGAAAAAGAAGCGUUCAUGUCAAAGUGAGCCCUAUCGGUAUCGACCCUGAUAGUUUCACAAGAGAGCUCGCGAAACCUGAGCUCCGGAGGCUGUCCGAUUCAUUACGAGACACAUACAAAGACAAAAGGGUUUUGCUUGGUAUUGACCGGCUGGACUAUAUCAAGGGUCUGCCAAGGAAGAUUGAAGCCCUCACCCAGCUACUGUCCCAACAACCUGAGUGGAUCGGAAGGCUAGUCCUGAUACAAGUUGUGGUACCGAGUCGUCAAGACAUUGGAGAAAAUCAGGAGCUCUUCAGUACCCUGAAUAGACUUGCAGACGAAGCCAAUCGGCAGUACGGUAAGAGUGUCUCGGCAACGUAUCACGACUUGCUGACUCACAUCAUCUUCUCAGGUAGCGAUGGUUACCAGCCAGUCACAUUACUACAUUCGAACGUGCCCUUCAACGAGCUCGUGACUUUAUACAACGCUGCCGAUAUAUGUCUCGUCGCAUCGACACGUGACGGCAUGAAUCUCGUGGCAUCCGAAUACGUCGCCUCACAGCAGGAGCACGAGCGCAAGGGUGUGCUGGUGCUUUCAAAAUUCGCCGGCGCCGCAGAGCAGCUUGCCGGCAGCGUACAGUUCAACCCUUGGUGCCUGGAUGAUAUGGUCGACGCUCUGACCAAGGCACUCACGAUGAGCGAGUCUGAGAGAGCGUCAAGACAUGAGCAGAAUCGCAAAUUUGUGGUGCAGAAUACCAGGUGA